UCACUAUGUAAACUGUUUUCCUUCAUUUUUCUUGUGUGAUAUUUUUACAUGUGUUUGUGUUUGCGAAAAACUGAAAAUGGACAAAUAGGUUUUUAAAAUUGCCUAGCGCGUAUAGUGUUCGUUUGUUUUAGAAUAUUAUAAAACAUACUUCGUCAAGCUGGGUGCCAAAACGGUGGAAAGGUUUUUGAACCUUGCCGACGACAAUUUUAUUGAGGAUGUCAAAGAAGACCUAAAAUGUUUUUUUGCAGAAAAAAGACUUGACAGUGUUCUAGUAUUUCCACCUGUGAGUAACUACCGCAGAUUUCUCAUCCAUCGCUGUGUAGAGCAGUUCAGUCAACCAGAUCUUGCCACCUUCUCUAUAGGUGUUAGUGACGAGCGAAGAACUGUUGUUUGUUACCGAGAUAAAUUACUGAGUGAUGAAGCUUGUGCACGACCAGCCAUGGUCUUGACACAGACAGAAAAGCCGAGUGCUAUCCAAAAUGGACAGAAUGCGGUGGGGAGCUCUGCGCGAGCGCAGAGUCAGGAGAAGCCAAGAUCCGGUUCGUCGAAACCCAGACGACCAGAUCGAGCUGUCUAUGUUCCGAGGGCUUUGCGAGGAGGAGCAGACAACGCCACAGACGAAAACAAACCUUUAGAAAACAAGCGAACCAGUCACAGCGCCGACGGAAAGUGUCCAAAAUCUCCUGGGUCCAAAGAAAAGUCCGUUCACGGUACACCCAAAAGAUCUCUAGACAAGAAUUUCUGCAACGUUUACACACCGCCUCAUCUCAGGAAUCAAAGAUCUCAGACAGCACACAUCGAGAGUGAGCCUCCUAGCGAAAACACAACCGUGCCUUUCGGCUGUCAAGUGCCAAAUAAUGAUAGUGCAAUAUCAAUUAGUGAUAAUAGUUAUAAAGAGUUAGAAGGAGAGAGUUUCUAUAUAGGAGAUUAUUUUGCUAACGGACAGCUAGGUUUUUACUCACCUAAUUUAUACGAAUACAACGAUAUACAAAACGUCGAUCAUUGGAGGACAAAUGAAACUGAAGACUUGAAUAUGUCACUUCAACAAAAUCAAGGCAAUAUUAUUGAUAAGGAUUAUUUAUAUGACAAAGAUGAAGAUGUCGAGAAGAAUGAAUUGAAGCGAGCGUCACAAGAAAUUAAUAGGAGUAGUAAGAGAAUUAUCAAGCAGACGUUCGAUUCGGAUGUUUUAGUGAUAUCAGAUCCGAUAGAGGAGCCUGUUAGUCCGCGAUCGACCAGUCCUCGCGAAAAAGACGAAAAUGAAGUACCAAAAGAGCAGGAAAAGAAGAGUAAGCCGAAAUUGGAAGCUAAGGUAUCAUUAAAACGCGAAGAAAACGAUUGGGAUGCAGUGUUUGAUGACAGUGGUGAAUGUCUUGACCCGUCUUUACUUGAAGAGCUCACAUCUACUGUUGGAAAAGUGCACAUAUCAAAAACUAAGAACAAUUACGAUCAGUAUCAAACGCGAGGUCAAGCGUUAUUCAAUGGGCCCUAUGAUGAGACGUUUGCACAUGUCGUGGAAGUGUAUGAUUUUCCAAAUGAAUUUAAAACCAAUGAUAUAUUGUCGCUGUUUAGUGAAUAUAAAGAUACUGGCUUCGAGAUUAAGUGGGUGGAUGAUACGCAUGCCUUAAUCGUAUUCAGCAGCGCAAAAAUUGCUGCGGAAGUAUUGUCUACUCAACGCUCGCUUGCCAAAUGUCGGCCGUUGCAUGCAGCCACCCUCGAAUCGCGGAAUAAGGCAAAAAAAUGUGCAGAGUUCCUUCAACCAUACAGACAGCGGCCAGAAACAUGUACCGCGCUUGCGAGACGACUAGUCUCUGGCGCCUUGGGUGUGCGAUUGAGCACUGCAAGACAGGAAAGAGAUGAAGAAAGACGCCUUAUUACUCUUGCUAGAGAGAAGAAACGCAAAGCGGCCCUUCAUAAAGAGGCAGCUUGGGAUGGCUCGCUUGAAAAUUCGUUGCAGACGUUAGACACCUGACCAAAAUAUAUUGGGUCAAGCAAGAACAACACGCCCACUCGGACAUAAUUAAAUAAAGUUAUUUUUAUAAACAAUUCAUAGUUGCGGGGUUUUGAUCGCCGGCUUAGUUAUAAUUAGUUGAAUUUUAUUGUUUUGAAGGGGGCGACUGCAAGCGAUCAUACAUAAACAAAAUUAAAUAAAAAAAUUGAUUUUUUAAUGAAAUUAAAUUAUGUUUAUUUGUUUGUAAAUGUUUGCCAUUUCAUGAAACAAUAAAUUGUUCGAUCUGGCCACGACAAGGAAUUAGCUAAAAUGCGCUUUCUAUAAACCAGUUUUUACAUGAAGUAAUUUUGAAUUAAUUCCGAACCAAUUCGACUUAGGGUCCUUCAAGAAAAGAGCGUACUAAUUCUUAAAAGGCCGGCAACGCACCCGCGAACCCUCUGGCGAGUCUGCCCAUUUGUUAGUUCUGUUCUGUAAAAAAAGAAGUUUGUUCAAAGUAAUGGAAAUGGAAUGGCUAAAGUUCAUUAUUAAUUUGUUUCUUGAGUGGCGCCCUCUUCGCGUAUGUAAGAGCCUGAUUAGUUUAAUGUAUAAAAAUCUUAAAUGUUUUACUUGUGUAUCCUAUUUUAGUUAUCACAAUUUGAUAUUUAAGUUGCGCUCAAAUAUUGAGAUUGCUUAUAUUAUGUAGAUUUCUUGAUUUCAAAGGCCUGUCAAAGAAAUGUCUAAACAAAUUCUGUGGAGAGUCGAUGUGUUCAUCCAAAGGCCUCGGGAGAAUUAUUAUUAGACAGUCUUUUGUAUAAAUAUCUAAAUUUACAUCAUCGAUGACAUUUAAUUAUACAUGACAAAGAUUGAAAAUUAUGUAUUAAUAAUAAUUGUAAUUUCGAGCAAUUAUUUUACGUUUGACAAUGACAAUGAUGACUACUAUUAAUAAAUAAAUAUAAAAUUUAAGAUCCAAACAAAUUGAACUUUAAAGAUCUAAUAAUACGAUCUAAAUUACUAAAGGUUGAUUUUUGAAGUUAUACUUCUUUUGGCGCGUUAGGAAAUUUUUUUGCGGCGUGCGUCGCAUGAUGUCACAAAAAACCGACACCCUUAAAACUUUCAAUAAAUACAUUUUCAUUUUCAAUAAACAAUUUUCUAUUGUUAGCGUAGUUCUACAAACGUAGAAUACAAUGUUUGAAAAGAUUUUUAUCUUGUUACACCAAAGAAGUAUAACUUCUAACGCGUGUACAUAAGUACACAAGUAUUUUUUUUGUUUGAGACAUUUUAUUACCAUGUUGCUUUUAUCUGUAGCUUAAUUCAGAAGAAUAAAAAAGUACACUACUUUCACAGCGAUCCCAUUAAUGUGUCCUUAUUAAAAAAAGCAAAAUUGCAUGUAUUCCGCCUGUAACUUAGACUAUUCAACAUUUAUUCUGUUAUUAAGUCUCUCCCAUACUUGCCAUUAUAUUUUUUAAUAAAGGUUCGCCAUUAAUCUGACCAUCUGGAAACAAAAAGAAGCAAACACAGCAUCAUUUACACUAAAAAUAUUUGAUUAUAUCAAACUGUGUAAUAUAAAAAACAUGAAUUCUUAAUGGGUAAUAUUAUUUUGAAGAUUCGAAAUACAGUCAAACCUGGAAGCGAGAGUUCAAAGGAGCACAAUCUCAUUCUCGCUUAUAGAGGUUUCUCACUAACCCGAGUUUCUCGCUAAUGCAGGUACAUGUGUAGGGUUUCUCUCUUAUAGCACGCAGCAAUAACAAGACAUAUAUUCAUGCACUAUGUAAUUUUGUUUUAUUUAGAACUUAUUUACACUUAAAAAAAUCCGUCGAUUUCGUUUGGGUUUCUGUUUUUGUAUUUUGAAUGUUUUUCUCUAACUCAUAAAUUUUGUCGAAUAUUGCUUGAUCAACAACCGCGUAUUCAAAGUACUGAUGGACCGUCUCCAACGCAUUUAAAGCUUCAUUGGCAUGAUCUUAACAAUGGUAAGAAGUUCCACGAAAGUUAAGAAUGAGUCAUAAAAUAGCAGAAUUUGUCAUUUGUUUUUUUCAUUUGUUCCUCCUAAAUAAUAUAUGUAUUGCAGUAUUAAUCUUCUUAUGUAAUGUAAUAAAAAAACAAGUCCACCAACUUUACAAUUAUUUCUGACCUUAGUGUAGUACAGGACAUGGUUUUAUAUGGCUUGGUUUUUGUCAGAAAUCUUUUAAAUAUAAAGUGUUACAUUAACUCUAUCUUGCUAAGUCAAAAGUAAAAUAAUUUGUUUAAUUAUUUUGCCAAAUGUGUUGUAUGCUUGGUGUGGUCAAUUUCUAGUCUGCUUAAUGAUCAAAACCUCCGCGUAUAUUUUUAAGCAAUAAAUUGUCUAUGAAUUAAAUAGUGUAGACUGAAAUAAAAUUGUCUAUGGGUCUUUAGACUCGCGUUCUUUUUAUUUAUUAUGUGCACUGAUUUUAUAUUUUAAAACAUUAGUAGAUUUUCCAAAUCUCUUGUUAAUUUACAUUUUUAAUGGGUUUUUUUGAAUGCAAGUGAAAUCUGUUGUAUGGAAAAUGUUACCAAAUUAUACUAUUUCUGCAAUAUUACU